GGUUUUGCUAAAUUGCCAGGUCUGGACUCGAACUUAUGAUCUUCCUGCCUCAGUCUCCAGAGUGGCUAGACUUACAGGGAUCAAACUCACAACUACCUGCUUGCAAGGAAGGCACUUAUGCCACUGAGCUAAAUCCUCAGCCCCCUACUUACUUUGAUGAAGUUAUUUUGUUUAUUCAUUUACUUGUUUAUUGACUACCUACUGCCCUUCAAAUGUGAGUUCCAGGAAGCUAGAGUUUUGUUCAUUGGCCUCCAUGUUCUCAGCUUCUUUGCCUGCCUCUUUUUCCUAGAUGUACCCACCUCUUCUCAAGUGCUUUUCAGAUUUCUCAGGGAGAAUGUCUCUAAGCACCCUGUUAAGAGUUGCACCUGUCCCUUUCCUUUCUCUGUAUUUCUCUGUAAUACUUAAACAUUUCAAUCAACAUUCACUGAACUCAGAAUAUUUUUUCUUUCACCAGAAUGAAGUCUAUGAGAGCUUUUAAUGUGAUUCUCAGUGUUUAGUGUAAUACUUGAUUCAAGAGAUGCUCAGUAAAUAUUUAAUAUACGUUGAAUUAAUAAGCCAUAGUUAUUAAGUCCAAAUCAAUAAGUAGCUUUUGUUUUUCUGGGACUCUUCUCUUAGUCUGAUCAUGUAGUAAAUAUUAAAGUAAUUGCUGACGCCCAGGAGAAGUCAUUUUCCGUAAUUCUGCGAUGUAACAUUUACUGGGCACUUGGCAUGAGCAGUCUCGGUCAUAAGAUACAGUAAUGGCAAGCACAAGGUUGCCAUUAGGGUUUUAGCUUUUAUUAUUACAGUUAUCUUUGAGAGGAGGGAAUUAGAGUGGGAGAAGUGAAUGAUUUGCUCCAGAUCCUGUGGCAAAGCUGAGUACAGAACCUGCAUCCCCGUUCUGCUCUCUGAGCUCGUCCUGUGUUCUUUCGAGUGUUGAACUUUAUUACGUCAGCGAAAGCUUUUCAAGCUGCCUCAAGGAAAAAACCUUUCAAAGGCUGACUUAACGUAAGACGGACCCGACCCGGACUGUUUUGCAUUUGAAUCCUGGAUGGCGGGAAGCAGCCUGGCAGGUGUCGGAGGGGCGGGGCGGAGACGCCAGGGCCGCCAGCCAAUCAGAGGGCGGGCGCCUCCCUCUCUCCCUCCCAGCCGUCCCGCGCCAAAAUUCCAAACGGGACUUCGCGCCGCUCCCUCUGUGUUCCUCCGCCGAGCCCAGCGGGACGGAACUACAUAAGGAAAAGGCCGCGUUCUCGCGGCUAGACCCGCUCAACUCCUGGGCUCCAUUGGCUUGCUUUCCAGUCCACCGAGGCGUGGCCUUCUUCGCGCCUGGAGGCGGAGGACGGCAUCGAGCUCCCGCCUUGGGCGGCGGAGCGGAGCACCGCGCGGCGGAGGGAUCCCGGACGCGCGUUGCGGAAGGCGCGCAGUCCGUGGCGCCAGAAUUCGGAGCGCGGAAGCGGGAAGCGCGGAGUCGCGGAGUCGCAGGCGCCGAGCCCGGGCUCCCUCGCGCGCGGAGGCGCAGACGCGAUGGUGGUUCUCCGCAGCAGCCUGGAGCUGCACAGCGGCUCCACCGCCUCAUCCUCAGGCUCCCUGGACCUGUCCAGCGAGUUCCUCAGCUUGGAGCAGAUGGGACGGAGGCGGCUCCGCUCGGCGGGCGCGGCAGAGAAAGCCGCAGUCACCGGGGCCGCCAAGAGGGAUGGAUCUUCAGUUAAGGAAGUUGAGACAAAUCACCGGACAUGUUCGUUGAGGCCCUUGAGGAAAUGUACACAGACUUCUUCAGAUUCUAGUUUCAAUAAGGAAAUGGAGAGACAUGCUAAUGGCAGGCACUUUACAAGACAGUUGGCCAGACAACACGCUGAUAAAAAAACAGAAGAGUGCAAAGAAGACGGAGUGAUCACACAGUCAUUGAGGACCAGAAACCUCGCUCAGACUGCAAAGCACCUGUGCAGAGAGAACGGCGGUGCGGAGGUGCGUCGCAGCUGCAGGAUUAGGAGUCGUUACAGUGCUGUGAAUCAGUCUGUGCUAUUUGACAAGCUUAUAACAAACACUGCUGAAGCUGUACUUCAAAAGAUGGAUGACAUGAAGAAAAUGCGUAGACAGCAACUGAGGAAACUUGGAGACUUGAGAGUGUAUAAAGAACCAGAAGAGGGCAGUCUUCAUAUGUACACAAGGGGAAGACAAAAAGAAAUUCAAAGAGCUGAUGAAGAAACAACUGAUAACCAAGAAGGCAGCGUAGAGUCAUCUGAAGAGGGUGAACCCCAGGAUGAAGACGAUGGUGAAGAUGAUGAUGGUGCAGAUGAAGAUGAUGGUGAUGGUGAAGAGGAAGAGGAUGAUGGUGAAGAAGAUGACGACGACGAUGAUGAUGAAGAAGAAGAAGAUGGAGAAGAAGAUAAUCAGAAACGCUAUUAUCUUAGACAGAGAAAAGCGGCUGUUUACUACCAGGCUCCAUUGGAAAAACCUCGCCACCAGAGAAAACCCAACAUAUUUUACCAAGGCCCAGCUUCUCCUGCCAGACCAAGAUAUCGACUGUCUUCUACGGGACCAAGAAGCCCCUAUUGCAAAAGAAUGAACAGACGAAGACAUGCAAUCCACAGUAGUGACUCUACUUCUUCCUCCUCCUCAGAAGAUGAACGUUUUGAGAGGCGCAGGAAAAGGAGCCGGAACAGAGCUAUCACUAGGUGCCUUCCGUUAAAUUUUCGGAAAGAUGAGUUAAGAGGAAUCUAUAAAGAUCGAAUGAAAAUUGGAGCCAGCCUUGCCGAUGUUGACCCUAUGCAGCUGGACUCUUCAGUACGGUUUGACAGUGUGGGUGGUCUGUCUAGUCACAUUGCAGCUCUGAAAGAGAUGGUGGUGUUUCCAUUGCUGUACCCAGAAGUCUUUGAAAAAUUCAAAAUCCAGCCCCCCAGAGGUUGUUUGUUCUAUGGUCCACCCGGAACUGGAAAAACUCUGGUUGCUAGAGCCCUUGCCAAUGAAUGCAGCCAAGGGAAUAAAAGAGUAGCGUUUUUCAUGCGGAAAGGCGCCGACUGUCUAAGUAAAUGGGUAGGGGAGUCUGAGAGACAGCUCCGACUGCUGUUUGAUCAGGCCUAUCAGAUGCGCCCAUCCAUUAUUUUCUUCGAUGAGAUCGAUGGUUUGGCUCCAGUGCGGUCAAGCAGACAAGACCAGAUUCACAGCUCUAUUGUCUCCACUCUGCUAGCUCUUAUGGAUGGGCUGGACAGCAGAGGAGAGAUCGUGGUCAUCGGUGCUACCAAUAGGCUGGACUCCAUAGACCCUGCCUUGCGAAGGCCUGGUCGAUUUGACAGAGAGUUCCUUUUCAGCCUACCUGAUAAAGACGCUCGAAAAGAGAUUCUGAAGAUUCACACAAGGGAUUGGAAUCCCAAACCAUUGGACGUAUUUCUAGAAGAAGUAGCAGAAAACUGUGUUGGCUACUGUGGUGCAGAUAUUAAGUCGAUAUGCGCUGAGGCUGCUUUGUGUGCCCUGCGUCGACGUUACCCACAGAUCUAUGCAACUAGCGCGAAGCUACAACUGGAUCUCUCUUCAAUUAACAUUUCCGCCAAGGACUUUGAGGUAGCUAUGCAGAAGAUGAUUCCUGCCUCCCAGAGAGCUGUGGCCUCCCCUGGCCAGGCACUGUCUGCCAUCGUGAAGCCACUCCUGCAAAGUACUGUGCACCGAAUCCUGGAGGCACUGCAGAGGGUAUUUCCGCAUGCAGAAAUCGAAGCAGACAAAGCACUAGACUCAGCUAUUUCUUGUCAUCUUCUAGACAGCGACUUGGCAUACAGUGAUGAUGAUGUUCCGUCAGUAUAUGAAAAUGGACCUCAGAAAUCCUAUACUAAAGCAAAAGAAAAUUUUAGUUUUCUUCACUUAAAUAGAAAUGCUUGUUACCAACCCUUGUCUUUUCGACCAAGAAUAUUAAUUGUGGGAGAACCAGGAUUUGGGCAGAGUUCUCAUUUGGCACCAGCUGUCAUCCAUGCCCUGGAGAAGCUCACCGUCCACACUCUGGACAUUCCCGUCCUCUUUGGAGUCAGUGCUGCAUCCCCUGAGGAGACGUGUGCCCAGGUGAUUCGCGAGGCUAAGAGAACAGCACCAAGCAUAAUCUAUGUCCCGCACAUUCACUUGUGGUGGGAAGUGGUUGGACCAGCACUCAAAGCCACGUUCACCACCUUGCUGCAGAGCAUUCCAUCGUUUGCCCCAGUUCUGCUGCUUGCAACUUCUGACAAGCCCCAUUCUGCUCUGCCAGAAGAGGUGCAAGAGUUAUUUACCUAUGAUUAUGGAGAGAUUUUUAAUGUCCAGUUACCAGGCAAAGAAGAACGGACAAAAUUUUUUGAAGAUUUAAUUCUAAAACAAGCUGCUAAGCCUCCUGUGUCAAAAAAGAAAGCAGUUUUGCAGGCAUUGGAGGUCCUGCCGGUGGCAGCGCCCCCUGAGCCUCGACCUCUGACAGCCGAGGAAGUGCAGCGGCUGGAGGAGCAGGAGGAGGACACCUUCCGGGAGCUGAGGAUCUUCCUAAGAAGCGUCACACACAGGCUUGCCAUCGACAAGCGCUUCCGAGUGUUCACGAAGCCCGUGGACCCUGAUGAGGUUCCUGAUUAUGUCACUGUGAUAAAGCAGCCGAUGGAUCUUUCAUCUGUAAUCAGUAAAAUUGAUCUCCACAAGUAUCUCACUGUGAAAGACUAUUUGAGAGAUAUUGACCUCAUCUGUAGUAACGCUUUAGAGUACAAUCCAGAUAGAGACCCCGGAGAUCGUCUUAUUAGGCAUAGAGCCUGUGCUUUAAGAGAUACCGCCUAUGCGAUAAUUAAAGAAGAACUCGAUGAAGACUUUGAGAAGCUUUGUGAAGAGAUUCAGGAAUCGAGAAAGAAGAGAGGUUGUUGCUCCUCCAAGUACGCUCCGUCUUAUUACCACGUGAUGCCAAAGCCCAGCUCCGCUGCUGCUGGGGACAGAAAACCGGAUGUAGACCAAGAUGAAAAACCACAGCCUCUCACUGCUCCAGUGGCUUCCAGCACACCUACUCAGUUGAAAAGAAAAAAACGCAGAAGGUCCAAGUGGCAAGUUGGCACCAUAACCAAGCGGAGGAAGGUUUCCCAGGACAGAGACAACAGCCAGAGCACUGUGGAAGAGGAAGUGGAGAGCGAUGCGGAGGCUGCUCCAGAUGCCAGUACAGGACAGAAUGAGCAUGGAGACACGGGAGAGUCUUCCGCAGAAGACACCGAGAAGGAGCAGCCUGCCUCUGAGAGCAGAGGCAAACUGGGAGGCUGCAGCUGUGGUGCCCCUACUGCGGAAAACGGGCCCGAGGCCAGGAGGGCUGCAGCGAGCUACGAAUUGAGAAAAGAAAGGAUUGUGUGCAACGGACAUGUGUCUGGCUCUCAGAUGACAGAUGCUGAAAGUGAAGUAAAAGAAAUGUGUAUCCUGCGGAUGACUCGAGCCCGGCGCUGCCAAGUGGAGCAGCAGCAGCUCAUCAGUGUGGAAAAGGCGCUGGCGAUCCUCUCCCGGCCCACACCUGCGCUCGUGGUGGACCAUGAGCGGCUGAGGAAUCUCCUGAAGACUGUUGUUAGCAAAAGUGAAGACUACAAUAUAUUUCAACUGGAAAAUUUGUAUGCAGUAAUCAGCCAGUGCAUUUAUCAGCAUCGCAAGGACUAUGACAAAACCACGCUUAUUAAGAAAAUGGAGCAAGUAGUAGUAAACUUCAGGUGUUCUGGAUCAUGACGUCUUCGCAUGAGGUGUUUUUAUAUUCAGUUCCUAUUUAAUUUACUUCUGAUGUGUCCACAGAGUAACUGAUGCAAGGUGAAAUCCUGCGUCUUAAAGGAAAAGUUUCAGACCAGAAAAUGCACUUAACUUUCCUGAUAGCUGUGUGCAUGUGUAAGACAGCCAACAGCUGUGGUGAGCCUGUGUGAGCAGGGCACUGUGGUGGUAGUUGAAGUUCAGCCAGCUCAUAAUAAAGCUGUUUUGUUAACUGAUGCUUUGUGGCACUGAAGAGUGUUAGCAGCAUUGCAGUUUUUCGAGUGAAGCACUUUCGAUCCCCCUCCUGUCGCUGCUGUGUCCACCGUGGGCUCCCUCGCUGGCCCCUGAGAGCCAGAGGCUGAGUCAGAGCUCAUGAGCCAUGUCAUGUUCUCCUGUCAAAACUGAGUGGCCUUAGAUAAGCAUUUUUAUAAUUCUAAUGUGACUUAAUGAAGUUUUUUUUUUUUGGCUCUUAUGAUUACAUACAAAACAAAUGUGUAACUACCUUUCUAAAGGACUUUAAUAGCACACAAUUUUGUAUUUGAAAAGCAUUUAUAUCUUUCUAUAAUUGUAUGUAGGUUAUAUUCUAUAGAUAUCUUUUAUAUGCAAAUAUAUAAAUAUAAAAUAUUGUGUUACCAAUACCAAAAAUAUAUUUCUUAAAGCUAAA